AGGAGCCUGAUGAGUCCUGGGACUAUGGGCUGAGGGAUGCACUCUACACCGCCUGUAAGAUUGGAGACCUGGACACCCUCAUCAGCCUUCUACCAGUGAGGAGGGGAGAGCAGGGUGGAGGCAAGGAGGAGGACCAGGGAGACCAGGCUGGACAGAGGGAGGACCAGGGAGACCAGGCUGGACACAGGGAGGACCAGGGAGACCAGGCUGGACACAGGGAGGACCAGGGAGACCAGGCUGGACAGAGGGAGGACCAGGGAGACCAGGCUGGACAGAGGGAGGACCAGGGAGACCAGGCUGGACAGAGGGAGGACCAGGGAGACCAGGCUGGACAGAGGGAGGACCAGGGAGAGCAGGGUGCAAAGCAAGAGGGAGAGGAGGAGGAGAAGAGCUGCUCUUCCCAGGACCCUGCAGCCCUGAGUCCACUAGCCCUACUCAACCAGCCCAUAGACUCCUCCGGCUUCACUCUGCUCCAUGUGGCCUCAGCAGCGGGACAGAAAGGAGUGGCCCAGAUGCUGAUGGAUGCAGGCAGCAACCCGGCAUGCAAAGACAAGAAAGGCCAGACUCCCUACAUCGUUGCUCCUGACAAGGACACUAGAAACAUGUUUAGAAAGUACAUGGCUGAUCACCCCGACAAAUACAACUACAGCAGGGCUCAGGUUCCCGGGCCGCUGACAGCAGAGUUGGAGUCCCAGAAGACGGAGAAGAAAAAGGCCCAGAAAGCAGCAAAGAAAAAGAGGGAGAAAGAGCAGAAGGAGGAGAGGAGACGACUAGAGAUGGAGGUCGAGGAGAAGAAAAGAUUUGCCUCCUUAAGCGAUCGAGAGAAGAGAGCACUGGCUGCAGAGAAGAGGCUGGCAGACCAUAAGGCAUCAACAGGGGGAGACCUUUCAAACUCCAGGCGGUGUUGGCAGUGUGGGGGAGUCCCUGGUGGGAAAGGUCCCGUUUCAAUACCUGGACUUCAGCUUCUUCGCACCCCUCGCUGUGUCCAGGAGCACCGCAAGGCUAAUGUGGCUAACUGGAGCAAAGCAGGAAACUAA